UGCGGAAACUCUCUCCCCUAUCUCCUCCUCCUCCUCGGCUCCUCGCCCGCCGCGAGCGAAACCACGGCGCCGACGGCCUCGUGGACCUCGCCACCUCAUCGCUGCCGUCGUCUCCUCCUCCUCCUUGACCUGACCCUCUCCGCAUUUCUUUAUUCCGGCGCGUGUCAAUCACCGCGAGGUCCGCCGCCGUUAACACCCAAGCCCCUCCCCUCCCCGCGGUCGAUUCCCCGUCUUGAUUUCUUCCGCCCUUCGUUCCCACUCGCGCGCGUACAUCCACCUUAUUAUAUAGCCCGCGGGCGGGGGCGAGCCGAUGGUGCCGCUGCUUCGUUCGUGCCGCCGCCUGAUCCCACACCUAUCUGCCGCCGCCGCCGUCGCCGCGCCGUCGUCGUCGUGUGCAAGGCCGAUCUCGCGGAGCCUAAGGCUGCUGCCGGUGGUGCUCGCAAUGGCGGCGUACAGCAGCGGCUCCGGUGCGGAAAGGAGGAGGCUGCUGUUCAGGCAGCUGUUCGAGAAGGAGAGCUCCACGUACACCUACCUCCUCGCCGACGUCGGGGACCCCGAGAAGCCCGCCGUGUUGAUUGACCCUGUGGACAGAACAGUUGAUAGAGAUCUCAAUCUAAUCAAGGAGUUGGGCUUGAAGCUAGUCUAUGCUAUGAAUACUCAUGUGCAUGCUGAUCAUGUCACUGGAACAGGAUUAAUAAAGACUAAGUUACCUGGAGUAAAGUCCGUAAUUGCAAAAUCUAGCAAAGCAAAAGCAGACCAUUUUAUUGAGCAUGGGGACAAAAUAUACUUCGGUAACCUCUUCCUCGAGGUACGGUCUACUCCUGGCCAUACUGCUGGCUGUGUGACUUAUGUAACAGGUGAUGGUGAUGAUCAACCUUCACCAAGAAUGGCUUUUACUGGUGAUGCUUUACUUAUACGUGCAUGUGGAAGGACAGACUUUCAGGGAGGAAGUUCUGAUGAGUUGUACGAAUCAGUGCAUUCGCAGAUUUUUACAUUGCCAAAGGAUACCCUGCUUUAUCCUGGCCAUGACUACAAAGGAUUCACAGUAAGUACUGUUGAAGAGGAGGUUGCCUAUAAUGCUCGACUAACCAAGGAUAAGGAAACAUUCAAGACAAUAAUGGACAACUUGAACUUGGCCUAUCCAAAGAUGAUCGAUGUAGCUGUACCUGCGAAUUUGGUCUGCGGUAUUCAGGAUCCUCCACCAUCCUCGGUCUGAGCUGUUCCAGCUGAAGCUUUCAAAGGUGCUGGUGGCUGUUGUGAACUCACGGUCAACUCAAGAAAGCUCGGAGCCAUGUUGUACAUUAAAUAAGUAAUCUGUUCGUAACUUGUAAGGCACCACCUGGGAGCAUUUCAGUUUGAUGAGAUCAAUGAUGAUAAUAAACAGAGGCCACUUUGCCUCUUGUCUUGUGUUA